CAAUUUUGAGACGUCCCCUUUCCUCCAGCGAGCUUCGUCUAUUGUUCGUGAGCGGCGCUGUGGCGGUUGCACUACCACCGCUCGCCUGCUGAAGGCGCCACUGAGCCGCGCGGCCUCGGGUCUUUUUGUCUGAACUGGAUCCCGCUGCCGCUUCACAGUGUGCGCGAUUAAACCGGAGCCGCGUCCGUCCCGCACUGUCAAAAAAACCCACUCCAAAACCCAACGCAAGCGCAGCCAGUACCGUUGAUUUCCCGUGCAGCCGCGAGCAUGACGGGUGCGGUGCUGUUAGGCUGAGCUCGGUCAGGUUUACGGGCUGUUCAGGGUGCCGUUGGAGCGGGUUUCUUCACUCUCCUCAUCCGUCAUUUCUUUAACUUUUCAAACACGCAGCCGCGCCAGAGCGGAGCGGACCGGAGCAUGGGAUCCCCGGACUCUUAGGAACCGAAUCUGAGCCGGGGGUUUGACCGAAUUUCAGCGAAACGAUGGCGAACUCGACGGGGAAAAACCUCCCCGAGCAGCGGAGGAAAGGACAGGCUUUCCUGGACGAGCUGCGGCAAUUUCACCACAGCAGAGGAUCUCCGUUUAAAAAGGUUCCCGUUGUGGGUGGGAAGGAGCUGGACCUGAGCGCUCUCUAUAUGAGAGUUGUGUCUUUAGGGGGCUUCGCAAAGGUGUCCGACAAGAACCAGUGGGCCGAACUGGGCGAAGAUUUUCAUUUUCCCAGGAGUUGCUCGAAUGCUGCUUUUGUUUUGAAACAGUACUACCUUCGAUAUUUAGAGAAGUAUGAGAAGGUGCAUCACUUUGGAGAGGAAGAUGAUGAGGAGCAGCCGGGAAAUCCGAAACCUUUACUUCCGAUCGGUGCAAUACCCACAUCAUACAACUACCAGCAACACACUGUAUCAGACUAUCUCCGCCAAAGCUAUGGGCUGUCAGCAGAAUUUGUUCCUCCAUCCGAUUACAACAAACUGGUGCUGUCUCUCCUGUCUGGGCUCCCGAAUGAGGUGGACUUUGCCAUCAACGUGUGCACGCUGCUGUCCAACGAGAGCAAACACGCCAUGCAGCUUGAGAAAGAUCCCAAACUCAUCACACUGCUGCUGGCGCAUGCGGGCGUAUUUGAUGACUCGUUAGGAAGCUUUUCUGCUGUAUUUGGAACAGACUGGCGGGAGAAAACUUCACGAGACUUUGUAAAGUUUUGGAAAGAGGUCAUUGAAGACAACGAAGUGAAAGAUCUCAUCUCAGACAAGAGCUGCACACCCCAAAAUGGAUCAGAGACGAGGCACUUCUGCACUCCUCUCUUCCACCCACCGCGUAACGUGGGCAUUGGAGACAUGGAGGGCCAGCGGGUGUUGCAGGUCGCCAUGAUUUUGAGGAACUUGUCAUUCGAGGAGACCAACAUCAAACUCCUGGCAGCUAAUCGCACGUGUCUGCGCUUCCUCCUACUGUGUGCGCACUGUACCUUCAUUCAGCUGCGUCAGCUGGGUCUAGACACGCUCGGCAAUGUCACAGGAGAGCUUCAGCUGGAUCCAGUUGAUUUUCGCACAACACAUACAAUGUUUCACACCAUCACCAAAUGUUUGCUUUCACGGGAUCGGUUUCUCAAGAUGAGGGCCAUGGAGAUCUUGGGAAACCUCAGCAAAGCGGAAGAUAAUAGCGUUCUGAUCUGCGAGUAUGUGGAUCAGGAGUCGUAUCGAGAGGUAAUUUCCCUCCUAACUUUGCCGGACAUCAUGCUGGUCAUCUCAGCUCUGGAGGUUCUCUAUCAGCUGACCGAGCUCGGGGAGGUCACAAGCUCUAAAAUCGCCACAGUGGACAGAAGCAUAGAUCUUCUAGUGCGGCUGGUGUCAGUGGACUUGCAAACGUUUGGACCGGAUGCCUUGACGGCGGUAAAACUCAUCGAGCAUCAGGCAUCCAGCUGUCAGGUCUCAGAGGUUCGACCACAGCUUGUAGAGAACGUUCCUUCUCCCACGCAAGGCACUCCUGGAUCUGUGAACAGAGUGGCGCUGCAGCCCACCCCUCCACCUGGAAUUGUAGAAGCAGAUGGAGAGAAAUUUGCAGCUCAAUGGCUAAAUGCACAUUUUGAGGUUCACUCAGAGAGCUCUGUGUCUCGCUCUGAGAUGUACUCGGAAUAUCUGGCGUCCUGCAGUAAGAUGGCGCGGGGGGCUGUGCUCACGUCCAACAACUUUUACAAAUGCCUGAGGACGCUGUUUCCUAAUCACACGGUGAAGCGCGUGGAGGACUCGCGGCUGAGUGGGCAGGCACAAAUCCAUGUUGUUGGUCUGCGGAAGAGGUCGAUUCCUCUUCCUGUUCAGCUUUAUUAUCAUCAUCAGCAACAACAACAUCAGGCCAGUCCUACAGUAGUUCCCAAACCUGAAGUCCUCUCAGAUUCUCCUCAGCCCCAGUCAGUGCUCAUCCGGGCACCAGCACCAAGCCUUACUGCCGGCCAGGCAGCACCACAGGUGGCCUUGACCAUGCAUGGUACUCCCAGUGCUCCUGCGCCACCCCCGACUGUUCCACGGCUCCUGAUAAACCCACCAGGAGAAGCUGCGCUUCCCGCCUGCCCUCCGGCCACUGCCCCAGUCCCCCCACGACCCAAUGACAUUCUGACAACAGCCAUGAUCCAGAGCUCCAUCCCCACAUCGUCUGCUGCACCCACGGUUCCCAACCACAACACUGUCACCACUGCCUCUCCUUCCCAGCAGCCCUUGCUCCACCACGCUCCUGUUACACUCAUCCAACAGGGGCCACCCCAGGGACACAUAUUUGCAGGGCAGUUGCAAGGUGUUUGUCCUUCAGUAGGCCAGCAACACCUGCCUGCCCCUCAAGUGCAGCAAGGUGCCCCAUCACAGGAGGCCAUGGUACUUGCGCCCACUCAAUAUGUGAGCGCACCUUGCACGUCGUUUUUGGCAGGAGGGCAAGUAGUUACGGUCGCAGGUGUACAGAGCACUCAUGGGCCUCGUGUUGGAUUUCAAAACAUCGCCCCCAAACCUGCACCACAAGCUCAGUCGCUGCAACCUCAGCAGCAGCAGCAACAACUACAACAGCAGCAAAGUCUAGUCAUUGUCAGUCCAAAUCCACAACCUACCACUGCAUUUGCUCCAGCUAUUCAUCAAAUUGUAUUGACCAACCCGUCAGUCAUGCCUAGUGCACCAACUAUACAGCUCCCAGUGCAGCCCAUGGCACAGCCUGCUGUUCCAAACUCACCGGUCCCUAACCCCACACAGGUCCAGCAGGGUCAGCCACACACAGUCAGCCAAAUGCUCUCUGUCAAGCGUCAUCAGCAGCAGUUUCAUCUUCAGCAGCCGCCUCAACCUCCUCCACCUGCCCAGCCUACCUCCACAGAAUCAAGUCUGAUCAAACAGUUACUGCUUCCAAAACGUGGUCCUUCCACACCUGGAGGAAAACUCAUACUCCCUGCUCCCCAGGUCCCCGCCCCUGCUAGCAGCACGGCGCCCAGCCCUCAAGUUGUAUACCAGGUAUCCAACAGUGGUCAGGGGACACCUCAGCCACAGUUAAACGUGCAGCUCAUGCAAAGUCCCUUGCAGGCGACCGGUGCUGUCCCCAUCUCCAUCCUACCCGGUCAGAUCAUUUCCAACUCUACCCCUGGCACCCUUCUGCAGGCGGCACCCAGCAACCAAGUUACUUUCACAGUAGUGCCAAACUCUGGCUUCCCUGCUGCUGCAGCUGUCAGCCAGGGAGCGCCGACUUCUAUCGUUACUCAAACCAGCCUGUCUGUCAGCACAGCCCCGCCCACAAUUGGACUGCCAUUGACUCCGCCUCUGCCAGUUGCAGGAGCCGCUUGCCCCACGCCACCUUUCCGAGGUGACAAGAUCAUCUGCCAAAAGGAGGAGGAGGCCAAGGAUGACACAGGGCUUCACAUCCAUGAGCGUAGGAUUGAGGUCAUGGAGAACUCCGUUGCUGAUUGCUCAGCCAAAACCAGCAAUGGGGACUCGGCGGAGGUGGACGGGCCUGCAGGCAAGCUGCUCAACGGGAGGAAAUUUGACUCGAGUCUACCUCCAUACCACUCAGGGAACAGCCAGGCAGAACAGGGCAUGCAGGCGCUUAAUGGCCCUGCCACACAGGGAGGCGAAGGGCCUGGGAAGCAGAUGUUGGUGGACCCUAAAAAGCUCAUGUUGAAUGGGGUCUGUGACUUAGAAAGAUCAGAUCCCACUACUGGUACCCAUCCAAGCAAAAACAUUCCAAAUCAUAAGGCUUCCAAACACAUGGGGAAUGGGGAGGUGCUGUCACAUCAGAAAGUACACGGUUCCCUUACGGACUCUAUCGUUGCUCCUCAGCAGGACACUGCCAAAGCAGAGCAGGCAGAACGCCUGGCCAACGGGCCUAAGAUCUUCAGCCACAUCGCUGAGAUCUCCAACGGGCCCUCGGUCCAGAACUCUGAAACACUGGGCCUAAGGCAACAGCACCCACCUCAUAACCACUCCCCACCUCCACCCGCAGCGGUAUCCAACCUUCAGCACCCACCUGGAGAGGAGAUGCUCUCGCCUCCCGCUAACGGCACCUCUGAAAGCCGGUCAUUGAAGAGACCGCUGGAGGAUGGGGAUAGAGGUGACUCUGGAAUCCCAACGAAAGUGGGAGUACGGAUAGUGACCAUCAGUGACCCAAACAAUGCUGGCAACAUCGCCACCAUGGUGGCCGUGCCAGCAGGCGCAGAUCCAAGCACAGUAGCAAAAGUAGCAAUAGAGAAUGCAGUGCAGCAGAGAACAAGUGUGCCCUCUCCGCUUCCUGAAAACAACACUCAGCAGCCUGUAUCAGAGCAGACUCCUCCCCCAGCGGAGCAGGCCCCCCAGGGAAGCAAUCAGAGUUCACAAGCUCCCGCCCCCUCUCAAGAUCAAGCACGUAAACCUGGACAGAACUUUAAAUGUUUGUGGCAGGCAUGCAGACGAUGGUUUGACACGCCGUCACAAGUGUUCUACCACGCAGCUACUCAUCACGGAAGUAAAGACGCGUACCCAGGCCAGUGCCUCUGGGAGGGAUGUGGCCCGUUUCCUCGUCAAAGACUAUCCUUCAUUACACACCUGCAGGAUAAGCAUUGUUCGAGGGAUGCGCUCUUAGCUGGACUCAAACUGGAGGAGCAAACACAAGGCAGCAACACCAACACUUCCAAGUCUCCUCCAGCAGCGGUUAGCAGUCCUUCGCUCGCUCCCAGACCGCAGAAAGCGCUCGCUAAUCACCCCAGCGCAGCGCUGAUGGCUCUACGCAGGGGCUCGCGAAAUCUCGUGUUCAGGGACUUCACAGCUCAGGAUGAUAAGGAGGGACCAAUGACCAAACACAUCAGAUUAACUGCUGCCUUAACGUUAAAGAACAUCGCAAAGUUCUCUGAUUGUGGACGGAAGUUGGUGAGGCGACACGAAAAUCAUCUCUCUGUGCUGGCUCUGAGCAGUAUGGAGGUCUCCACCACGCUCGCUAAAUGCCUUUACGAACUGACGCGCUCUCUGCAGGCCUGAGCUCAGCUCAGCUCAACCCAAAAACCUUCAAAAGGAAACGUAAAUGUUCCCUUUCUGCUGCCACACAGGCCGUCAGCAACGUCGAGGCGACGUCUCUUGGCCCUCUGAAACCCCACCUCUGUCUCUCCAUUCCACCGAUCCCCCUCCCUCCCCCUUACAAACUGCCACGGGUCUUCCACCAGCCACUCAGAAACCAGCGCCCAUUUCACUCUUCGAACCGCCUCGUCACGCCCGGCCCAACGAGCACAUUUUUGUAGUCCCAUAGGAGCGCCGCCGAUCGGGGCAGGGGAUCACGUGGGCGGGGCAAGUGGACAUACGGUGCGGGUCGGCAGAGGUGUGGCUAGAUGAUUUUUGUUGUUUUUGUUUUUCUUUGUAACUUGAUAGCUUGGUUUUCUUACUUGAGCCGAUUAUAUUUUCACUUAUUUAUUAUUGAAAUAAAUACCGAUAUGAGUAAAUGAGAAAAAAAAAUAGUGUAAAUAUUUGUGAAUAGAUAUAAAGUUAAAUGAGUCUCCUCCUCCUUCAUGCCGCUGCAGCCCGUUGGUAUCAGAAGCAUUAAUUUAGUAGAUUCAGCCUCUGUUAUUUUAACCCCUCGUAUGAGAUGUGAUUCUAUACUCAGCAGUGGAUGAAUGUACUUAACCCUGUAAAUAUUCUGCGAAGGUACUGAUGCUGUAAAGUUUUGGGAGGGCUGGCAGAGGCCUACAAGGUUUUUCUUUGUGGAACUGUGAUAUUCCCCUCCUUGGCCCCUCUUUCUUUUUGUACUAUGUAACUUGUAGAACUCAUUUUGCUGGCUGAAAGAGUAUGAAAUAAUAUAUCGUAUGUCAUUUUGUAGAAGAGAUGAAUAUUGAAGGUAUUCCCCCUCAACCUGUAUUCACUGUAACGCCAGUGUGCGAGCUGCCCGCCCGUGCUCAAGUCCUUUUGUAUUUGUAAAUUGGUUUAAAUACAUGGAGUUUUAUACAGGUUUUCUCCUGUGUUCUUUGCUUUCCGUGCAGGUAUGAUAUUUUCCUCCAGAUCGUUUUCUAUCUUAAUAUAGUGUGGGGAUUUUAUUGUACUAUUUUUUUUCCUGUUUGUUUGUUUGUUUUUUCCAUUCGUUCUUACAACCAUGCCACAUUCCGGCUCCCGGACCCCCAGGCCUCUUUUGCUGUGUGUUGUGUAACAUUUAUUAUUGCCUGUUGUGUUAGCAUCCCAGCGGGGACAUGACCCCCACUCACCAUUUUUGCAGUGUCUGUAGGGUGUGUGAUGAUACAUAUAUCUAACAGUCUGAUAUAGAUUGGCUUCAUUUACUUUGGUGACUGUUUAUAGUUUUUAAAUAAAAGAAUGAACAUUUUU